AUGCACCGGAUUAACUCGUGGGCGAAAGCUCACGCCUCUUCUCGCGGCGACCAACCCACCCAACUCCAACCCCAACCCAAAGCUCAACCUGAAGCUGAACCCUCCGAUCCUGUUCCUAUACCGGAAUCCUCUCGCGAUGUACAAGUGAAUGAUACCCCCGUGGCCCCGACCAUUGAGCCGGGGCCCGAUGAGAAGAACUCCCAACCAGGCCUGCUCCUUCGCAUGCGAAAUGGCAGCGGCCGAUUCUAUGCCCACACCAAGGAUGCCGUAUUCCACAGCUGGGUCAAUGUCCUGCUGGUUUUUGUCCCAGUGGGUAUCGCCGCCAAGGCGGCUGGCCUAAGCCCGGAUAUCGUGUUCGCUAUGAACGCGGUGGCCAUUAUCCCCUUGGCGGGACUGCUGAGCCACGCGACAGAGAGCGUGGCCAGUCGCCUUGGCGACACAAUUGGUGCCCUCAUCAAUGUCACCUUUGGUAACGCGGUUGAGCUAAUCAUCUUCAUCAUCGCGCUGGUGAAGAAUGAGAUUCGUAUCGUCCAGGCUUCCCUGCUAGGCUCCAUCCUGGCGAACCUACUGUUGAUUCUGGGCAUGGCAUUCCUGCUGGGCGGUCUCCGCUUCCAGGAACAGAUCUACAACAGCACUGUCACCCAGAUGAGCGCCUGUCUACUCAGUCUGAGUGUGACCAGUCUAUUGCUCCCGACUGCCUUCCAUGCUUCGUUUUCUGAGACUUCCAACGCGGAUAAGCAGACGCUGAAGGUCAGCCGUGGAACUAGUGUCGUCCUGCUACUGGUCUAUAUCCUGUACAUUGUGUUCCAGCUCAAGUCCCACUCGUACUUGUAUGCUAGUAUCCCUCAACAAAUCAUUGACGAGGAAUCGCACCCAGGUGUUCUUGCCGAGUUCUUGAAUAGCUCCUCCGACUCUUCGUCCAGCGAUAGCGAUGACUCCGUUGACACCAUGACUUCCUGGACCACGGCCAAGCGCAUUAAGCGCGCGAUGAGGCACCGCAGACGCAGAAAGUCUAGCACCAGUUCCAAGGGCACAGCUCAAUCUGUUGACAAGAAGGUCAUGAGCAACGCGAAUCAGAGCUCCGUUGGCAACUCAAUCGUCAGCAACAAUGAUAGCAACCCUAGUGCCAUCGACUUGGAAGAGGCUCGCUACGAUGCCGACGAUGAUGGCAAUCCCCGUUCUCGUGACUUUGGCCUGUCCAUGACCCGCGUCGACAGUGCCAAUAGUGACAAGGCCCGAAAGAAGGAACGCAAGAAGCGUCGUUCCAAGCGCGCCGACAAGAUUCAGGCCCAGGUUAACGGCACAGGUGCUGACGCCCCGGCUCCGGCCCCGGCUCCCCAGCCGACCAUGAAGGGAUUUGCCUCUGCCCCCAAUUUCGCUGGAAUGGAAGGUGCUGGGGAUAUUGAAAAUUCUCGCAAGCGCUUGCCGUUCGGGCCUAUUCCUUCGCUGUUGUCCAACACCGUGUUCAGCUCGUCUCCCAUUAACUCGCCUCGCAUUGGUGACCCUUCGCACCCGGCUCUCCAGCGUAGCAAUUCCUUGCCUGCGCACAUGAAUGCUAACCCUCCUGCUGGCAAUGCCUUGCAGUUCGCCCGUGGUGCCGCUCGUGUCACUGCGCCCACAGACCCUGCCACGGAUGUCCCCAAAGACGCAGAGCCAGUGAUGUCUCGCACUGCGGCCGUGGUCCUGCUCUUAAUUUCCACUGCUCUUGUCGCUGUCUGUGCCGAGUUCCUAGUUGAUGCCAUCCCCGACAUGCUGGAGACAUCUAACGUCAGCGAAGCCUUCAUCGGUUUGAUUAUUCUGCCUAUUGUUGGUAACGCCGCCGAGCACGUCACUGCAGUCAGUGUUGCGACCAAGAACAAGAUGGAUUUGGCUAUUGGUGUAUCUGUUGGUAGUAGUAUCCAGAUUGCCAUCUUCGUCACUCCUCUUGUCGUCAUCCUGGGAUGGUGUAUGGACAAGGACAUGUCUUUGUACUUCACCCUCUUUGAAACCAUUUGUCUGUUCGUCACUGCCUUCGUGGUUAACUUCCUGGUCCUGGACGGCCGAAGUAACUACUUGGAAGGUGCACUGCUUAUCGCAGCCUAUGUGAUUAUUGCUCUCGCAUCCUUCUUUUACCCAGACAGCCAACAGGCGAGUAACCUAGCCGGCUAG